AUGGCGCGCACUUACGGGGAUGCCGUUGCGGCUCUUAACACGCUCCAGAGUAAUUUCGCGGUCAUCGAUGCUAUUCGAAAAUCGGGAAAGAAGAUGAAUGAGCACGCCAUACCUGAGAUGGUGGAGUGGUGCGCAAAGAUCGGUUAUCAAACGUCGGAUCUGAACUCGCUCAAUGCGAUACAUAUUGCCGGAACGAAAGGCAAAGGCUCUACAGCUGCAUUCGUCUCUUGCAUACUCGACCAAUUCCGCCGUUCGACGGAGUUUGCUGUCCCAACCAAGAUCGGCCUCUAUACAUCACCUCAUCUGCGCUUCGUGCGCGAGCGCAUUCAGGUCAAUGGCUCUCCGCUGACCGAAGAGCAGUUUGCGCGCUACUUUUUCGAGACCUGGGACAGGCUAGAGCAGUCUGCUGUCUCUGCAGGCCAGGACCCGAAGGCGCCUACCAGCAAACCCGUUUAUUUCCGCUUCCUCACGCUCAUGGCCUUUCAUACAUUCAAAGCCGAAGGCGUUGACGUGGCCGUGAUUGAAUGUGGUAUCGGCGGCGCCUAUGACAGCACCAACGUCCUCCUCGCCCCCACUGUUACUAGCAUCACGAGCCUGGGCAUCGACCAUGUAGGCGUCUUAGGCUCAACCCUGCCCGAGAUCGCCUGGCAUAAAGCCGGUAUCAUGAAGUCAUCGGCAAAAUGCUUCACGCCUUCCUCACAAGAUCCCUCUGCCAAAGCUGUACUAGACGAUGUUGCCUCCAAAGUGCCUACAAUGCUCACAUACGUCGAUACCCAUCCUUCCAUAGCGAAUCGCACUUGGCGACUUGGUCUAGAAGCCGAUUUUCAACACUCCAACGCCUCCCUCGCCGUAGCAGUCACAACCGAGUUCCUCUCCAAAAGCUCUAUUGACGCCGCCACCUUGUCCGCACAGUCUCUCAUCGCCGCAGGCCUAGCCUCCACUUCCUGGCCCGGCCGCUGCGACACCCGCCACGAAGGCCCUAUAACCUGGUGCAUCGACGGCGGUCACACGCUAGAUUCCAUCACCCUCGCCGGCAAAUGGUUCGCUUCCCAACUCCGCACAUUCGCCACCUCCUCUCCUUCCACCAAGUUCAAGACCUACCUAAUCUUCAACCAACAAACCCGCGAGCGCAGCGCUUCCUCCCUCGCCCUGGCUCUGCACAGCACCCUCUCGCCCCUUCUCCCCACAACACACACCUCUGCCUUCGACACCGUCAUCUUCUGCACCAACACCACGUACCUCACCGCUGGCACCACUCCCGAUCUCAUGGCUGUGGGCGCCAAUACGACCGACGUCGCAACGCUAAGUGUACAGAACGAGCUCGCCGAAACAUGGCGUGGUGUUGACCCGGAGGCGCGCGUUGAGGUGCGGCGCACUAUCGAAGAAUCGCUCGAGGUGGUGAGAAGGGAUGACGCUGACGAGGCGACCAGAAAGGUCGUACUCGUGACAGGGAGCUUGCAUCUCGUUGGUGGAGUGUUGGAGGUGCUAGAAGGAUCGGCGCCGAGCGUCGGCGGCCCUUGA